AUGGUUUGCAUCCGCAGAGCCACCAUUGAUGACCUCUUGGCUAUGCAAGCUUGCAAUCUUUUCUGUUUGCCAGAAAAUUACCAGAUGAAGUACUAUUUCUACCACAUACUUUCCUGGCCCCAGUUGCUCUAUGUUGCCGAAGAUUACAAUGGCAAAAUCGUGGGAUAUGUGUUGGCUAAGAUGGAGGAGGAGAGCACCGAGUGCCACGGCCAUAUUACUUCCCUUGCUGUUCUUAGGACUCACAGGAAGCUGGGUUUGGCCACUAAGCUCAUGACUGCUGCCCAAAACGCCAUGGAACAGGUUUAUGGAGCUGAGUAUGUGUCAUUGCAUGUCCGGAAAAGCAACAGGGCUGCGUUUAAUCUUUACACACAGACGCUAGGAUACAAAAUUCAUGAUGUGGAGGCCAAGUAUUAUGCAGAUGGGGAGGAUGCUUAUGAUAUGAGGAAGCAGUUGAAGGGCAAGAAGCACCAUCACCACCACCACCAUCAUCACCAUCACCACGGUGGAGGCUGUUGCGCUGGAGAUGCAAAGGUGGAGGCGAAAGCAGAUGUGAAAGUUGAAGGUAAGGCGAGUGAGACAGAGGCCAAGGCAGAAUAA